UGGCGACCCUGACUCUACUCAGGGAACGUCCGUCGAGGUGCCUUCGACUUAUCAUGGGCUGCCUGGUAAAAUGAGUCCAUGGAAACGGUUGCCAGGGCCGGCAAAUUGCUGUUUCCCGAAGUCCUUUUUAACGCCUUGGUAACAGGCAGCCAGCCAAUGUGGUACCGCUUCCGGUGUCGUUUGCAAUCGCGGGAUUCUUCUUUUACCAUGUUUGCCUUUGACCCCGGAAGUGAGGUCUUCCGGGUUCCUCCCUCCCAAGAUGGCAGCAUCUGAGGACGAGUUACUGUUGCCGCGGCUCCCGGAGCUGUUCGAAAGCAGCAAGCGACUUCUGGACGAAGUGGAAGGAGCGACUGAGCCCUCCGGUUCUCGGAUAAUUCAGGAUAAGGUGCUCAAAGGACUGGACCUCCUUGAGAAGGCUGCUGAAAUGUUAUCGCAACUUGAUUUAUUCAGCCGAAACGAAGAUUUGGAAGAGAUUGCUUCCACCGACCUGAAGUAUCUGAUGGUGUCCGCGUUUCAAGGAGUCCUCACCAUGAAACAAGUCAACCCCAGCAAGCGGCUAGAUCAUUUGUUGCUGGCUCGAGAACACUUUAUAAACUACUUAACUCAGUGCCAUUGCUAUCAUGUGGCAGAGUUUCAGCUGCCCAAAACCAAGAACAACUCAGCAGAAAAUCACAUUGCCAAUUCCUCGAUGGCCUAUCCUAACCUCGUUGCUAUGGCAUCUCAAAGACAGGCUAAAAUAGAGAGAUACAAGCAGAAGAAGGAGGUGGAGCAUAGGUUGUCUGCACUGAAAUCUGCUGUGGAAAGUGGUCAAGCAGAUGAUGAGCAUGUUCGUGAAUAUUACCUCCUUCACCUUCGGAGGUGGAUCGGAAUCAGCUUAGAAGAGAUUGAGAGCAUUGACCAGGAAAUAAAGAUCCUGAGAGAAAAAGACUCUUCAAGAGAGGCAUCAACUUCUCACCCAUCUCUUCAUGAGAAGCCACCAAUGAAACCCUUCAUACUCACUCGGAACAAGGCCCAAGCCAAAGUAUUUGGAGCUGGUUAUCCAAGUCUGGCAACUAUGACAGUGAGUGACUGGUAUGAGCAGCA